AUGAGCUCUCCCAGUCCUCCUCGCAAACGCAUCAAGCUCGAGUUGCACUCUCAACCACCAGAAGCCCAAGACGAGGAGGAAGAUGACUGCAGUAUAUGCCUGCAGUCCCUCGUUGACCGGACCGUUAUCCCCACUUGCUCGCAUGAGUUUUGUUUUGAUUGUCUCGUUGUUUGGACUGAGCAAUCGAGGAAGUGUCCGUUGUAUGCUCAGACGAUCAGGGAGUAUCUUAUCCAUCGGAUUCGCUCACGGCAUGAUUAUCAAAAGCAUUACUUGGCCCCUCUAUCAAAACCGGGAUUACUGCCGUUAUGUGCUGUACCUAAUCGGGAACCUGAAGUGCGUAGACGAAGGCGUAGGAGGGAAUGGGCCAGACGAGAUCAGGACGAGGCAGAUAAGCUGGAGAGGUCGAUAGAGAUGCGGCGUUGGGUGUACGAGCACGGGCUUUAUGCCAAGCACGUAGCCUCGAAUGGGUAUACAAAAUACCGGCCAUACCCCACUCCGGCGCAGUUUACUAUGAGCCAGGAGAUGGUGAGCAAGUCGACGAUGUUUCUGAGGCGUGAGUUACGGGUGUGGGAUGAUCAUGACGUGGAGGUGCUUUUCGCGACAUUCACAAUAUCAAUAUCGCUCAUGAAAUCUAUCGAUAUUCGCUCCGAGUCUGCUGUGAAGCUGCUAGCAGAGUUUUUGGACAUUGAUACGGGUGGUAGGGUUAUGGCGGAGCAUUUUGGACAUGUAGAGGUUUACUUGUAUGUGAGGUCGCCGUUCAAGGACUUGUUUGUGUACGAUAGCGCCAUCCAGUAUGAUAUGCCUCCCCAUAUAAGCUGUCCGCCAAGACCGAGACCAAGGCGAUAG